UGACAAACCCCUGGAGAAUGAUGCAGAGGGUGUGUGGAGCCCCGACAUCGAGCAGAGCUUCCAGGAGGCCCUGGCCAUCUACCCACCCUGUGGCCGCCGGAAGAUCAUCCUCUCUGAUGAGGGCAAGAUGAAGAAAUGAGUUGAUUGCACGAUACAUCAAACUUCGCACAGGGAAGACGCGGACCAGGAAGCAGGUAUCUAGUCACAUCCAGGUUCUAGCUCGACGGAAGGCCAGGGAGAUCCAGGUGAAGCUGAAGGUACGCUACGACCAGGUUGCCAAAGACAAGGCCCUGCAGAGUAUGGCCACCAUGUCCUCAGCCCAGAUCAUCUCACCUACGGCUUUCCAAAACAAGAUGGCUCUCCAGGGCCUGUCUAGGCCGGCUUAUCCCACUGCUGGUGGGUUUUGGCAUGGCGCACUUCCAGGACAGCCAGGAAGCCACGAAGACAUUAAGCCCUUCUCCCAGCAGAGUUACGCCAUGCAAGCGUCCGGCCCGACCCCUAUAACAGGUUAUGAAAGCACAGCAGGGCUGUCAAUGUCUCCCGGUGCCCCCCCUUGGCAGGGUAGAAGUAUUGCCAGCUCCAAGCUGCGAAUGCUGGAGUUCUCAGCCUUCCUGGAGCAACCUCAGGACCCAGAGAAUUUCAACAAGCACCUGUUUGUGCACAUCGGCCAGUCCAACCCGAGCUACAGCGACGCCUAUCUGGAGUCUGUGGAUGUCAGACAAAUCUAUGACAAAUUCCCAGAAAAGAAAGGAGGCCUGAGGGAGCUGUUUGACAAAGGGCCACACAACGCUUUCUUUCUCGUCAAGUUUUGGGCGGACCUUAGUGUGAACCUGCAGGAUGACAGCAGCUUCUUCUAUGGAGUUUCCAGUCAGUAUGAGAGCUCUGAGAACAUGAUUAUCACCUCAUCCACCAAAGUCUGCUCCUUUGGCAAGCAGGUGGUGGAGAAAGUGGAGACGGAGUAUGCACGUUUUGAGAAUGGGCGCUACGUGUUUCGAAUCCACCGUUCCCCGUUAUGUGAAUACAUGAUCAACUUCAUCCACAAGCUUAAACACCUGCCGGAAAAGUACAUGAUGAACAGUGUACUGGAGAACUUCACUAUCCUUCAGGUGGUGACUAACAGGGACACACUGGAAACCCUCCUGUGCAUAGCCUACGUAUUUGAGGUGUCCACCAGUGAGCAUGGCGCACAGCAUCAUAUUUACAGGCUAGUCAAAGACUGACACAGUUGGAACUUAUCUGCUUUCGACCCAUCGUAGCACCUCAGUAGGCAACACCACUAAACAAUGGACUACUUCCUCCGUAAGCUUAAAGCUGAAACCAUACAACCCGGUCAGAAGCCCAAAGAAACACUGGCUUUGUCAGCAUACCCAAGAACACUAUUACUGCUGAGGAAGAGGUGGAUUUGGGAUUGUGGAAGCUGGAACCGGCUUUGUCUGAAAAGUGGCAAGGAAAAAAAAGAAGAGGACCAUGAUAUGCAGUGGUCUCUAUACCAAAGGAGCCAAAACCUAGCUGACAAGACCUGCAUGAGAACGUUAUCAUUGGUGGUGUUUUUCAUCUCAUUUUACUAACGCUUGUUUUUGAUUUAGAUUCUUUUACACACAUGCAUGUGCAGGGAUGUUUGCUACAGAGGAGUUUGGCUGCCUCAGGGUGCCACCUAGUGACUUAAAUAUAAAUAACAAUGGGGGAAAAUAAUAAAAGCGGACUGAGAAUCCCUCCUUUGCACACCCAUAAAAUAUCACUGUUUUUUGUGCCAAUCGUUUGUGUUUUUUGAGUAAUUAUGUACAGUACAGUGCCACAUUCAUCUCCUCUAGAGUUAUGGAGAUAAGACGCUAAAAUGAUUUAAAAGAGCUAUUGUAUUCACUUUGUUUGAUGUUUGAUGUUUAAUGUUUAAUGUUAAAUGUUUCUUGUCUUGUCAUACUGUUAUGGAUUGAAAAUGAUCUGACUACAACAAAAGGCACAUAAUAACACUGCUAACUUGAACCAGAUUUAGAUCUGUAAGCUGAUUACAGAGGUCGACUGUAACUGUAACUUGCCCUGAAGUGUCAGAUGAAAAUACAAGUGUUUCAUACAUAA